UGACCUAUUGUAUUCUGAAACUCAAUGGAUCAGGUUAGGCACUGAGAAAUUGAUUCCAAACCAAUUUUAGCGUGAACAACAAGAAGGUAUUCCGAGCUGCACAAUGAGACCCAGGAGACCCUUGGUCUUCAUGUCUUUGGUGUGUGUACUCUUGAACACAUGCCAGGCAUGCAGGGUGCAUGACGACAAGCCUAAUAUUGUCCUGAUCAUGGUUGAUGACCUGGGUAUUGGAGAUCUGGGCUGCUACGGCAAUGACACCAUCAGGACGCCUCACAUUGACCGCCUUGCCAGGGAAGGCGUGCGACUGACUCAGCACGUCGCUGCCGCCUCUGUCUGCAGCCCAAGCCGGGCCGCGUUCUUGACGGGAAGAUACCCCAUCCGAUCAGGUAUGGUUUCUAGUGGUAAUAGACGCGUCAUCAAAAAUCUUGCAGUCCCCGCAGGCCUCCCUCUUAAUGAGACAACAUUUGCAGCCUUGCUAAAGAAGCAAGGAUACAGCACGGGGCUUAUAGGCAAAUGGCACCAAGGCUUGAACUGCGACUCCCGAAGUGACCAUUGCCACCAUCCAUAUAAUUAUGGGUUUGACUACUACUAUGGCAUGCCGUUCACUCUUGUUGAUAGCUGCUGGCCGGACCCCUCUCGUAACACGGAAUUAGCCUUUGAGAGUCAGCUCUGGCUCUGUGUGCAGCUAGUUGCCAUUGCCGUCCUCACCCUAACCUUUGGGAAGCUGAGUGGCUGGAUCUCCGUUCCCUGGCUCCUGAUCUUCUCCAUGAUUCUGUUUAUUUUCCUCUUGGGCUAUGCUUGGUUCUCCAGCUACACGUCCGAUUUAUACUGGGACUGCCUCCUUAUGCGGGGGCACGAAAUCACGGAGCAGCCCAUGAAGGCUGAACGAGCUGGAUCCAUUAUGGUGAAGGAGGCGAUUUCCUUUUUAGAAAGGCACCAUAAGGAACCUUUCCUUCUCUUUUUCUCCUUUCUUCACGUGCACAUACCUCUCCCCACCACGGACGAUUUCAUUGGCACCAGCAAGCACGGCUUGUAUGGGGAUAAUGUGGAAGAGAUGGACUCCAUGGUGGGCAAGAUUCUUGAUGCUAUCGAUGAUUUUGGCCUAAGGAACAACACCCUUGUCUACUUUACAUCAGACCACGGAGGGCAUUUGGAAGCUAGGCGAGGGCAUGCCCAACUUGGUGGAUGGAAUGGGAUAUACAAAGGUGGAAAAGGCAUGGGAGGCUGGGAAGGUGGAAUCCGUGUCCCAGGAAUUGUCCGAUGGCCUGGAAAGGUACCAGCUGGACGGUUGAUUAAGGAACCUACAAGUUUAAUGGAUAUUUUACCAACUGUCACAUCAGUGUCAGGAGGAAGUCUCCCUCAGGACAGGGUCAUUGACGGCCGAGACCUCAUGCCCUUGCUGCAGGGCAACGUCAGGCACUCGGAGCAUGAAUUUCUGUUCCACUACUGUGGCUCCUACCUGCACGCCGUGCGGUGGAUCCCCAAGGACGACAGUGGGUCAGUUUGGAAGGCUCACUACGUGACCCCGGUAUUCCAGCCACCAGCUUCUGGUGGCUGCUAUGUCACCUCAUUCUGCAGAUGUUUCGGAGAACAGGUUACCUACCACAACCCCCCUCUGCUCUUUGAUCUCUCCAGGGACCCCUCAGAGUCCACACCCUUGACACCUGCCACAGAGCCCCUCCAUGAUUUUGUGAUUAAAAAGGUGGCUGAUGCCCUGAAGGAACACCAGGAAACCAUCGUGCCCGUGACCUACCAACUCUCAGAACUGAACCAGGGCAGGACGUGGCUGAAGCCUUGCUGUGGGGUGUUCCCAUUUUGUCUGUGUGACAAGGAAGAGGAACUCUCUCAGCCUCAGGGUCCUAAUGAGAAGAGAUAAUUACAAUCAGGCUACCAAAGCCACUAACUUUGGUGCUUUCAAGUUGGCAAGGAGUGCAUUUAAUAGCCAAUAAAUUCAUCUACCAUUCCAGAUUAUUAAAGGCCCACUAGUUAUUCCA